UCCUCUCUCUCCCCCUCACCGAUGUCUCUCUCUAGGACUAGGAUUUGCAAAAGUACUUAAAGAUGCAUUUUUGAUUUUUUUACCUUCUACUGAUCUCUUUCUGUCUUUCAACCAUGGAAGUUGUUGUAACCGAUUUCGAAUCAGUGCCAGCUGAGAAAGGAAUUACAACAGACGGCAUAUUAUCAAAUCAAAGUCUAGAAAUGGACGAGCUUAUAAAUUUUGAUCCACAUAUAGUGGGCGAAUUUGUGGAUGACUCGCCGAAGCCAAAGCAGUUUAAUUUUCUCAAGAAUCGGGUAUAUGAAAACCCAGAGUUAGACGCUGAAAUUGAUCGGACUGAAAAGGAGAUACGGGCAAUGGAUGAAACCUGCGUUAAGAUUGCUCGAUCUAUAAAAGAAAAAAAGCUCGUUCUACCAUCUUUGAGGUGGCAAUUAGCCCGUCAAAAUGAGACAUACGAGAAGUUUAUGAAUGAGAAGCACAAGCACAAAAUAGACGAUCAACAAAAGUCUUUACUGCAGUUUCAAAAAAACAAGGUGGACGGUCUACAAAACGCUAUAUACAAACCUCAAUCUAGAUUUUACUCAACUCCAGAGAAGGAUACAGAUGAUUUAUGCUCAUCAGAGAAAAACCUUAAUGAUCGAAUUCGGAGUUUGCAUAUUCGGUUGCUUUGUAGGAGAAACAAAUUUGCUGAGGAGAAACAGCUCCUUGGAGAAAUCAAACAGCUUGAAGCAACGAGGGAAAAAGUAAUUGCUAAAGACUCUAUGAAAGAGCAAUAUAUUAUUUCUCUUAAAGAACAUAGUUGCCGAAAUGAGGAUUAUGGCCUACGGUGGGAGCUUGGUCGCAAAAAAUUUCGCUACCAGAUCACUCUUAAAGAAAUGAAUCUGGUUAGAUUGAAAAGGGAGAAGCGAUCAAUGAAGGAAAAAAUUAGUGAACUUGAGAGAAAAUUGGGACAUUUGCAUCACGGGAUUUUGCCUCUGGAAUCCAAGUUAGAAACAAUACUUGGGACAAUGGAAGCGGAACAAAAAAGGUUAAAGGAACUGAAAAGAGAGCGUAACAAGAGGAUUCGAUUCGGAAGUGUGCAAUGCGAAAAAGAUGGGACAAACCUGAAAAGAGGCUAAUGGGCUAAUAUUGAAGAUAGAUAACCUAUGAGACAUUCAACGCUACAGAUCGAUGUAUAAGUCAGUACUCGAACUUUUGUUUUUACCCCGUGUAAUUUAAUCUAAGAUAUGGUAUAUCUGUAUAACAACCUGAAUAUUUGAUAAUAGAUGUUGUGUGAUU